AUGGACGUUGUUUCGCCGGCAGAUGAGCCAAGGAGCAAAGUUCAGAUCGCAGCUAUCUUAUUAGCUUUGAAUCUCGCUUUAUUCGUAGCAGCCUUGGAUCAGACAAUCGUGUCAACGGCACUGCCAACCAUUGCAUCUGAACUACAUUCUGCGAGCGGAUAUACAUGGGUUGGGUCAGCAUAUCUGCUGGCUAACGCAGCAGCUGCACCGAUCUGGGCCAAAUUGUCAGACAUCUGGGGCAGAAAGAUCAUUCUACUGACAUCAGUAGCUUGGUUCUUCGUAAGCUCUAUUAUUUGUGCUACUGCUCCUAGCAUGUCUGUCUUGAUUGCUGGACGAGCACUUCAAGGUGUUGGUGGCGGUGCACUGAUCCAGGUUACCAUUAUUACCAUUUCGGAUUUGUUCAGUAUGAGGCUCCGCACUUUGUUUAUUGGACUCAUGGAGUUUAUGUGGGCUCUUGCUGGAGGUAUUGGUCCUAUUGUCGGAGGUGUCUUUUCUGAAUCAGUGUCUUGGAGAUGGUGUUUCUGGGUCAACCUGCCCAUCUCAGGCACGGCCUUUUUCCUCCUUCUCUUCUUCCUCGAUGUCCAUAACCCAAGAACAAAGGUUGUAGAAGGAAUCAUGGCAAUCGACUUCUUGGGUAGUCUGUGUGUCCUUGGAUUGACUCUCAUGUUGCUUCUCGGCCUCGACUUCGGCGGUGUGAUCUUCCCCUGGUCUUCGCCAAAGGUCAUCUGUCUGAUCGUUUUUGGUGUCGUCAUGGGCGGUCUAUUCAUCUUGAGCGAAAAGAAGUACGCUCGCUACCCACUGAUGCCACUGGGUAUUUUCAGCCAUCCAAGCAAUGUUGCUUGUUUGGUUGUCACCUUCUGCCACGGCUUUAUCUUCAUCGCAGCAGAAUACUUCCUCCCUCUCUACUUCCAAUCCGUCAAACAAGCCACUCCCAUCCACUCCGGAAUCUACAUCUUACCACUUACCCUCUGCGAAGCAUUCAUGGGCAUCAUGAGCGGCCUCAUAAUCCACAGAACCGGUCGCUACCAAGAACUAAUCUGGGUAGGCAUGGCUUUGUGCACUCUAGGUAUGGGUCUAUACAUCUACAUCGACGCCUCCACACCCCUAGCCACAAUCCUCGGUCUCGAAGUCGUCGAAGGCUUGGGUGCAGGAAUGCUGUUUGAACCUCCGUUGAUCGCCAUGCAAGCGCUUGUCAAACAAGAUGAUGUGGCUACUGCAACGGCAACGCUAGGUUUCAUCCGUAACCUUGCAACGUCAAUGUCGAUUGUGAUUGCCGGCGUUGUGAUUCAGAACUCUAUGGCUUCCAAGUCUUCUGCUUUGCGUGCUGCUGGUCUCUCGCCUAAACUUCUUUCUGAGUUUACUGGUGGAGAUGCGGCUGCAAACGUAGAGUUGAUCAAGAAUAUUCCUGACGUGGGACAGAGGAAUGCGGUUAAGGCGGCAUUCGCAUUUAGCUUGCAGAGGACAUGGAUUUUGAUGACGGCAGUAAGUGCCUUUGGCCUUGUGGCGAGCUUCUUUAUUGUUAGGAGCCACUUGAGCAAGGAGCAUACCGAGACGAAGACGGGUAUCAAAGAGAAAGAGACACCAAGCACUUCCUGA